AAUCCCCUUUCCCCUCUCGUCGUCCUCCCCCACCUUUUUCUUCCACUGCGCCCCCGCCUCCCCAAUCACCUCGCGCCGCCACCGAGAGGGAGCGGGGUCGCGGCGAGCGAAGAUCCCCUCCGAUCCCCGCCCAGGAAUCAAUCAACCGAUCUGCCCGCCUCCAGUCUCCGCUCCUUGCCGGAUGGCUCUCCAUCGUCAUCACGCGGGGCCGGCGUCCGGGUCGGCGUCGGCGUCGAGCUCCAGCUCGGGGCUGCACCUGCCCGCCUCGCCUUUCGGGGACACCACCCACACCAAGCUCUUCGUUGGGGGCCUCGCCUGGGAGACCACCAGCGAGAGGCUCCGCCGCUUCUACGAGCGCUUCGGGGACAUCCUCGAGGCCGUCGUCAUCACCGACCGCCACUCCGGCCGCUCCAAGGGCUACGGAUUUGUGACGUUCCGCGAUCCCGAGUCGGCGACGAAGGCCUGCGAGGACCCAACGCCGGUGAUCGACGGCAGGCGGGGCAAUUGUAACCUGGCGUCUCUAGGUCGCGCCCAGACUCCCGCGCACCUCGGGCGACCAAGAUCAGCUGGCUCCUACUUUGGUGUUCCAGUUCCAAGGGGCAUAUAUGUAGGUGGUUAUGGUCAGCACCGACCACUUCCAGUUGGGUACUACCAGGGAUUCCCGGUUCCACAAUACAGUUACUCCACAUAUGGGACCGAAUACAUCUAUCCACAGGUUAAAGGUACAUUAAACCCAUAUGUUGGUCAGCAAUACGUGCCAGUUUAUGGAGUCUCAACUGCAACAAAUACUACUAGCCAACCAUUUAGCCAAAUGAGCCCAUCCAUUUCUGGCGGGGGCAAUGGUUAUGUGGCAAUGCAUGGUUACAGUAUGCCAGGAAAUCAAUUUGUGCAGCUCACUGGGUCAAACUUUAGUAAUACAUCACCUUCACCUCGUCCCACCAUUCAGGCUCCCUUUUUAGUAGCCGCACCGGUUCCAUCUCAUCCUCACUUAGUCAUUCCAGCCCACUCACCUCAGUUUACACAAGCUAGUGGUUCAGAUCAAAGAGCAAGCUGAACGACGCACCAAAACAUUUAUACCUUGAGGCACCCUUAUUUUGCAGCAGGACUAAAAGAGCAGUGCUGCUGUAUUUUCAGCACGUGUUUUUACCUGGCAAAAAAAAUCAUCUUGCAUUCAUACGGUUGUCCUUGUCCUGGUCAACAGAUGUACCUGGAGAUCAUGAAGUUGUCCUGAUGAAUGGGGCAAUGUCCUAAGAGCAACGGCUGCUCUCAUCAGUUCGGCUUGGUUCAAAUCCUGUCCUGGUGGGACUGUGAUCAUUGGUUGAGUUGUGAAGUACUAGAUACAGCAUUGUUGAUCCUGUAUCUGACAACUCAGAGAUAUACUGGAUGCUGGAAUGGAGUCCAGCACCCUGUAAGGUUGAUUAAUCCCCUUGGAUUAGUCAUGGUGACAUUCAGAUGAUUUAUCCAUCUGAAGAAUCAUCGAGUCAGUGUGGUUUAUUGUCACAAAGUUCGCGUCUUGUGAUCUGGUGCCAUUGUCAUGAUCUGUGAGUCUGGUCCACGGCAUGCCUAUGGAGAGCCAAAUUAUGGAUUUAUGGUGCUUCUCUCAGAACUUGUUCAGUUUGCGUAAAGUCUCAGGUUGUGAUCGGAGAUUGUACUGUGUGUGUAUCCCACUGCGUUACUACGCCACUGGUAAUCAGAUCAAGAUGGAAUCUUAACUGUGGUAUAAUUGGUAACGGUGUCAGAACUGUUGUUGUUUUUUAAGUCAAAGAAUUUCUAAUUUACAGUGCUUUGAGCUUGGUAGUUCCAAGAACGGAGCCUUGUUGUAUUUAAAUAAAACCCUUUGAUAAUAGUCACGAGUCCCGGAGCUGUGGGGACAGUGGGGUCUCGUCUGGGAUUUUUCGGAACCUGGCGUUACUAAAUGAUGUAUGAUGUAUGUACGCUGUCAAAAAAAGAAGAAUUAUGUAUGUACUUCAGUUGAGUUGUGCAUCCA